AUGUCCCACCCUAUCAACAAAUUCCAACCAUUCCCCAACUUCUAUGUCUACCGACCAGGUUACAUGGUAGUACCUCUGAUUCCCCUCGAUGAGCUACCUUCCUGGAUCCAAGUCGGCGAUUUUGACUGGGGCGAUAGCUCGCUCUACGAGACUAUGCUUCCCGCUAGCUUUAACUGGUUCCCGAGAAUAGGUGAAUACGAUGUUAUAUGCCAUCAUUGCUACAAGAACGUCGAUAGCUACCACCGCAGCGUGUCUGAGAGAAGUGAUAGCAAUGCUUCUUCUCGGGCUUCUGAUCUUCCCAAGGGGCCUGCUGCUCAAUUGCCUGCGAAUUCUAUCUUGUUGGAUCCAUCCUUUAAGCUUGAGCAGCCGCCGUUUGGGGCAGGCUUGAAUCCUGAACACUCUGAACAACCUGAGCAUGAGGAACAACCUGAGGAUGAGGAUCAGUCUGAACAUGAGCAUGAUGAUCAGUCUGAACAUGAGGAACAACAUCCCCCGUCUCAUCAAAAUACUCCUCCGCCUGCAGAUCCUCCUGGGCAUCCUCCACCUGCGAAUACUCCUGAAAACCCUCUUGUCAAUAAUCCUGCGGAUUCCCCUAACCCUGCUGCAAAUCCGCCUCUGAAUUCGCCUCCAGAGUCUCCGGAUCAUUCGAACCCUUCUCUGCUAGAGGAAGAGGGAAUUCCUCUAGUGACUAUGUCUCAUUCAGACCAAGGACAUCGGGCAAGCCAAGCGUCUCAGGCAGCACAGGCGGCUCAGGCAUCCCAGGAGAACCGAAUUCGUCGGACGCGCUGGGAUAUUCGGGACUCUAUAAGAGCGGAAGCAAGAGAUCGGUCCGCAUCGGAAACCGCAAUCACUGAGUCAUCUUCCAUUCACGCCGUACCAAUUACCGGGACAGACCCUCCAGCGGAGGCAGAACAGGAAGGAGAAGCAGCUCCCCGGAAUCAUGUAAACGGAGUCACUCCUGUAGAUACGCCAGGCCAUGCAGCUUCUGCAUCUGCAUCUGUUGAACAUACUCAACCUCAGACGAAUGGAGGAAGUGAAGCUGCGACUUCAGGAGACAGUGGAAACAGCUCCUUUGGGAGGGGGCGUGCGCGACAUCGAGAUAGACUGAAUCGCCGGGGUCAGUUGUUCGAAGACGACGUGUCCCCAGAAAUGGGGAUUGAUCGUAUUGAUUCUGUUGUUGCAGGGCUGUCAGGAAUCUUUGUCGAAACAGACGUGGAACAAACUUUUACUCAGAGGGAGGAUGCUGAGGCUGUGGACGCUGAGGCUGUGGACGCUGAGGCUGUGGACGCUGACACAGAGGACGCUGAGACAGAUGCCGAGGCAUAG